CUGAGCCGUGAAGCGCCAGAAGUUCGCCCUCUCCGCUCCGGCAUGUUGGCGUUGUGCCUGCUGGGCGCCGCGUGGCUCGCCGCGAGCCCGGCCCGCGCGCAGAACGAGACCGAGCCCAUCGUCCUGGAGGGGAAGUGCCUGGUGGUGUGCGACUCCAACCCGACCUCGGACCCCACGGGCACGGCGCUCGGGAUCUCCGUGCGCUCCGGCAGCGCCAAGGUGGCGUUCUCCGCGGUCCGGAACACCAACCACGAGCCCUCCGAGAUGAGCAACCGGACCAUGGUCAUCUACUUCGAUCGGGUGCUUGUAAAUGUUGGGAGGAAUUUUGACGAGGAGAGAAGUAAUUUCAUCGCGCCGCGCAAAGGGAUUUACAGUUUUAACUUCCACGUAGUCAAAGUCUACAACCGCCAAACCAUACAGGUCAGCCUGAUGCACAACGGCUGGCCGGUGAUCUCCGCGUUCGCCGGGGACCAGGACGUGACGCGCGAGGCCGCCAGCAACGGCGUCCUGAUCCAGAUGGAGAAGGGGGACCGGGCCUACCUCAAACUGGAGAGGGGGAACCUCAUGGGCGGCUGGAAGUACUCCACCUUCUCCGGCUUCCUGGUGUUCCCCAUGUAG